AUGUCUUCCGUCGAAGAAAACCACAACUCAAACGACACCAGUGCGAAUCUCGGUGAUCAUGAUCAUGUCCGCGACAAAGACAAUCUCGGCGCUCUUCUGGAUGACAUCGAGGCAGCCUCCAGAGUGCCGUCCAAACGCCGGCAAACCAGCAUCAAACCCACUAUCGAAAGCCUAACCUCGCUGCUCUACGACAGGGGUGCGUUGCCCGAUGAGCUCGUCCGUCUGGUUGACUUGGUCACUCUCACCAACCAUCUCGACCAGGCAUCCAAGGGAGCCAUCAUCAAAAACCUGUAUCCACUGGGAAAGCUGAACGUCGACUCCGCCCUGAAAGUGGUGGGUGCUUUGGGCCAUGGCCAGCUCAAGCCUUCUUUUCCGAUUCAGAGUCUCCUUCUCAGGUGGCUGAUCAUGGUCUAUCACUUGCUCCAAGACACCAGCAUAUUAUCCCAGACCUAUGGUGUCCUCUUCAAUCUCCUCGACACUGCCGCCAUCAGGCCACAGUUAUGCCAUGUAUUGGCUCUGAUCACACGACGAAAACACGUCAAGCCAUUCAGGAUACAGACCAUUCUGGCCUUGUCCAGGCAGACGGGGAACGACCCGAACUUGACGGGUCUUCUCCGGGUGUUCAAAAACUACUAUCCGGAAAUCAUUGUCGGCGAUGCUGCCAAGGGUCGCGCAGCUACCUUCAAGCACCCGGAUCCGCAAUGGCGAGCGAGGUUAGACGAGAUCCAACAGCAACAAACAGAAGCUAUCCAAGACAGCACAGUCAGGAAUGGCUUUGCUGUCAAGUCUGCGUUUGGGCGCCAACAAAGGGGCGCAAAGGGCAUAUUUAUUCCGGUGGUGCAUACCCUGCAUGCUCAAGAAAACUCUGUUACUCUAGAAGAGAUCAACAGUCCGAAAUCCCUGGCUGAUAAUCUGGAAAAGAUUGAGCUUCCCACACAACUGGUGGCAGUCUUGGCAGACCCUCUUCUUCAGAAACUCAUGCUCCUACGGCCAGAUGCCGAAGGUUUAUCGCGUGUAAACAGCUGGGUAACAGCCUGUCUAGACGAUGUUCGAGGUGGGGACGCCGAUCCAAGUCUGCUACUUGACAUGGUCGAUAUCGUUCACGACUACGUUGUCAGCACAAAGACACUACCACCUCUGCUCGAAACCUUCUUCAGGGAGUUUUUCCAAGUCUGGAAUGGCAAAGACAAAAGGGAAACAGUCAUAGAGACUUUGAGUUUCCUUCCACUAACGAACUUCAAAGACCUCUACCAAACCCUCCUCCAACCCUUCGAAUCCGUUCUACUCGACAACACCCCCGAAUCCCAACUAUCCCUCCUAACCUUCUACACCUUCCUCCUCCGACAGUGGACCCUCGUCAUGCUCUCCUCCGACGUAACCACCCUCUCCUCCUCUCCGGCCCCUCAAUCUAUCCCAACUCUCAUCGCCCACGUCAACACCCUCUCCCUAACCCUCACCCAAACCUCGCCCACGGUUCCCACCCACCUUCUCAUCCUGGACUUCUACACCCUUGUCUCCACCCGCAUCUUCUCCUCUCCCUCUUUGCUCAAACACAUCCCCAUCACCAUCCCCCCUUCCCUGCUCAUCUACACCCUCCACUUCUCGCACUCGCUCGAAGUCGUCUCCCGCCUGUGCGGCAUCCUAGCCACCUACAAGCGCGCAUGGGAAUCCGUCAUGGUUUCCACCUCCCCGUCCGCUCGGCCCCUUUUCGCGGAGGAGAGACAGCAAAUCACCACUUUCAACGCCUUCCUGAUGGAUCUGUGCAACGUCCUCUGGCGCGGCCGGGCGUUCGCCGUAAGCGACGCCAACGCCAAGGGAUGUCUCGUCCCUCGGGCGCUGGAGGCAGCGUUGAGGGGGUAUCUCAAGAAGGUGGAGCCCGAUGGAGAGUUAGUGUUGGGUUCGGUGUUUGGGUUGAGUCAUAGCCCGGUGUUGUGUCUGCAGAGUAUUUCAUUCUUGAGAGAGUUGGAGGAUCGGGAGUUGGAGGGGGAGAUGGAUAUCAGUGAUCGCGGAUUGAGGGCGAGACAUGCAGGGCCGGUUACGCAGCAGAGUCUGGUGACGCUGGCGGGGAAGGGUGGGUUGGAGAUUAGUUGGCAGGAGUAUAGGGCGGGAGUGUUGCGGUAUUUGGAGAUGAGGGGGUUCAAGGGGGUGCCGGAGUUGAUGUAUAAUACGAUGAAGAACUUGAUGAAGGGGAGGCAGUAG